UGUUUCUUUAUUUAUCUCGAGUGAAUAUGUCAUUAUUGACACAGUUGCUUUCCCAGGUUUAAAGUAUUGGUGCAUUUACGUACUGUUAAAUUCCAGCCGGGAAAUAAAUCUGUGAUAAAUAACACAUGAAGCAACACGACUGAAAAUGCUGGCUGAGCGAAGUUACAUCCUGUACCUGGCUCCUUGUUUUGCUCCAUCGCCCUCUGUUGCGCUAAGUCUCCAGUCGUUACGGUAACGGGAAACUGCUGUUUCUCAGCUGAUAUAUGACAUCCUCCCUACUGCAGCCUGCGGAAUCAGACUGCCAGGGAUAAAGCCCAUCGUCUCAGUUUCUCGCUUGGAGGCUUAGAUCAAUGGUCGAACAUCGAAAAUGUUAGACAACGAAGAGUUCAUGCUGGAGACUACUUCUGAGCUCACUCAGAACCCGCUCAGAAAGAUCUGGAUGCCGUACAGAAACGGGCACAUAGCUCAGAGACGGGUAUGUAUGACAAACUGCCCAACCCUGAUUGUGACUGUAGGUCUUCCAGCCCGAGGGAAGACUUACAUUUCAAAGAAGCUCACACGCUACUUAAACUGGAUAGGUGUGCCAACCAAAGAGUUUAAUGUUGGCCAGUACCGGAGGGAGUGUCUGAAGAUCUACAAGUCCUUUGAGUUCUUCCGCCCAGAUAACGAAGAGGGUUUAAAAAUCAGACGUCAGUGUGCGAUGGCGGCACUUAAUGAUGUUCGGCAAUACCUGAGCGUUGAAGGAGGACAGGUGGCGGUGUUUGAUGCCACAAAUACAACAAGAGACAGAAGAGGGACCAUCGUCAAGUUCGCUGAGCAGAAUGGAUUCAAGGUGUUUUUUGUGGAGUCUGUGUGUGAGGACCCAGAUGUCAUUGCACAAAAUAUAGUGCAAGUUAAGUUGGGCAACCCAGACUACAUCCACUGCGACGCAAAAGACGCUAUUGAGGACUUCAUGAAGAGGAUCAAGUGUUACGAGUCCUCAUACCAGCCCCUGGACGAGGUCCUGGACAGGGAUCUGUCCUACAUAAAGAUCAUGGAUGUGGGCCGUCGUUACCUGGUGAACCGCGUCCUCGACCACAUCCAAAGCCGAAUCGUCUAUUACCUGAUGAACAUCCACAUUACGCCACGCUCCAUCUACCUGUGUCGCCAUGGCGAGAGUGACCUCAACAUUAAGGGACGGAUUGGAGGAGACUCUGGCUUGUCUGCCAGAGGAAAAGAGUUCGCCAAACAUCUGAAGAAAUUCAUCCAGGACCAGGACAUCAAAGAUCUAAAAGUGUGGACCAGCCAAAUGAAGAGAACGAUCCAGACAGCAGAGUGCCUGGGAGUGCCAUACGAACAGUGGAAGUCCCUCAACGAAAUAGAUGCCGGUGUCUGUGAGGAAAUGAUGUAUGAGGAGAUCCAAGAGCAUUACCCUCUGGAGUUUGCACUGAGAGACCAAGAUAAGUACCGCUACCGCUAUCCUAAAGGAGAGUCUUAUGAAGACCUGGUGCAGCGACUGGAACCUGUGAUGAUGGAGCUGGAGAGACAGGAGAACGUUCUAGUCAUUUGUCACCAGGCCGUCAUGCGCUGUUUUCUUGCAUAUUUCCUGGACAAGACUGCAGAUGAGUUGCCUUAUCUUAAGUGCGCUUUGCACACCGUGUUGAAGUUGACCCCCAUGGCUUAUGGAUGUAAAGUGGAGUCUGUAUAUUUAGGCGUGGACUCUGUCAACACACACCGAGACAGACCAGAGGUAGGUAUCCCAGGCAACACACAGAAAUGUCUCUCAGCAGAAGACGUAGACAACUUGAAUCCACAUCAGGCGUGAUUCACCUCACUGCAUUAUCCAUCUAACUCAUCCGUGACCAGGGACUCAGUCGGGAGGAAGUCUGGCCGUGACACUUGAACUGUAGAAUCUGUUUGAGACUUUCUGGAGAGUCGUCCAUCAUAUUUAGAGUGCGUCUCCUCUCCCUCGUGAUGCGGGCCUAAUAGUCAGUGCUGAUCCGGUCCUCUCUUCUUAUUGCACAGAGAGUGUAAAUGUUUCACAUACAACAGAGGAAGCCAUGUUCAGUUUCCAUCAAAGAUUCCUGACCGCAGCCAGGACAACAUUGACCGCCACAUAGCAAUGACACAUCAUCCUACCUCCAUCCCGUCAGCAAUCAUUUUGAACACUUUACAUUUUUGUCUCUCUCAGUGGGAGCAGAGGCCUGCUGUUGUAUUUUUUCCUCUCAUGUAUUUAACUGUGGUGGCCCACAAAGCUCAGUGCACUGAAACUUAAGAAAACUCAUCCAUAGAACAAGGAAAAUAUCAUCGAAUUGACAACACGUGCAGAAAUGCGCUGCAAAUACAGAAAAGAGGACAAAAUGCGAAAAAAAUGCUGCAAGUCAUACAAAAAAAAACAACCGGAUGGAAACUGUGGAUGUUCGUUAGUUUAAACUUUCUGGUGUUUGCUAAGUUAGUGUUCAGAAAAGGCUGACAAACAUCUCAGUUCGCAGGUGAGUCCGAGUAUGUUUUUCACAUUCUCGUGUCCCCUGCAAGCAUCUGUUAUUUUCUGCUGGGUUUUGUACGACUUGGAGGAUUUCUGCAUUGGUUGUGUUUCACGCUUCUGUAUUUGGUUGUUUUCUCUCUUUGGAGCCAGUUUUUUUUUCCUAAAUGCUGUGCAUGUGUUGCCAAUGAAGAUUAAUGAAGUUCCUCAUAAAUACAGAAGUACAGAUGUGUGUGUGUGUGUGGUGUAAAUAUGCAGUAAAUAUGAUAGUGAAUGAAUGAGAGAACAUUCCUUAAUAUUGUUUUUAAAUCUUUUUUUUAAUACCAUGUAGGAUGUAACAUAUAAUGUAAUACUGAAUGUUACCUGAAAUGUGUUUUGUAUUAACAGCUAUUUACAUGUACUGUGUAUGAUAUAAACUUGCUGGGUUUUUUUUUAUACUUACGUGUACAAGUGAGACACGCGAUGAAUACAUUUAACCUCAACAUAAAUUUCUGCUGCACAUGUAUCGAAGAACAAAUUUUAAUUCUAGUAAUAUUUUUCUUUUAAAAUAAACUGUGUCUCGAUGUUAACACGUGUUUACUGUUUAAAUGUGAUGAGUUAAUCUGCUGCGCCCACCCAAAAAAAAAAAAAAAAAAAAAAUUCUCUAAAUAA